AUGUUAAGAACUCUUACAAUACUCCUGGUCUUUGGAUUUACUAUUGGCACCAAGCUUGAUGGAGACUGCACAGGGAAUGCUCCAUGUGUCAAGAUUAGUGAAGACCUUACUAUCGAAGCUUAUACUGGUGAAGAUCCUUACUUGGUUACAUUCCAUUCGACCUCAUUCAUUUCAGAAUUUUAUGCAGAGGGACCUGCUAUGAUAUGUGCUAAAGCAGAUGAAAACCAUAAUGUUGAAGAUGGAGCUAAAGCAUUUGGACAUCGCAUUUAUUAUAUUCCAUGGAGUGGAAAUAUUAACUUUGACGAAUUUUUAACCUCUAGUAUAUCAAGAUCCUCAACCAAUGGAACUCUUUAUUGGAAUUCAGGCGGAAAUAGCUUAAGUGAGUUCGAAGUGUCUACAACUCCAGAAGAGAACGACAACAAGACUUUCAUGUACCAGUUCAAUGCAGAGACUUUUGCUAAAUCCAACUUCCCAUUCGGCAAUAGCUCUGUUCCCUCGUACUACGUCUGCUUCGGGACCAAGAGUACCAGCUACUUGAGGUCUGAAAUUGACUUGUCUUCCUAUGAAAGGUCAAAUAUAAUCAUUCUCCCUCAGAAGACAUUGCUUGGAGAUUUGAUUUCAAGCUAAUAAAAUUGGAUAUAUUG